CACGAUGUGUUUCAGGUGCCGGACUCGCAAUACGGCACGUACGUGUGGCCCUGCGCCGUGGUGCUGGCUCAGUACGUGUGGGCCCACAGGGGAACCCUGCCCGGAAAGCGGGUGCUGGAGGUGGGAGCGGGUGUAAGCCUGCCUGGCGUGCUGGCCGCCAAGUGUGGGGCUGAGGUGAUGCUAUCAGACAGCGAGGAGCUGCCGCGGUGCCUGCAGAGCUGCCGGAGGAGCUGCCUACUGAAUGGGCUGCCCCACAUCCCUGUCCUGGGGCUCACCUGGGGGCGCGUGUCCCCAGAGCUGCUCUCUCUUCCGCCUGUAGACAUCAUUUUAGGAUCAGAUGUCUUUUUUGACCCCAAAGACUUCGAAGAUAUUUUAACUACAGUUUACUUCUUGCUGGAAAAGAAUCCACAUGCUCAAUUCUGGACUACUUAUCAAGUCCGAAGUGCUGACUGGUCUAUCGAAGCUUUGCUCUACAAGUGGAAACUGAGGAGCAUUCCCAUUCCCUUGCACUCCUUCAGAGCAGACAAAGAGCACUUGGCCAGCUCUUCCCUACCAGGAAGACAUACCAUUGAAAUGAUGAUCAUCUCACUAGCACAAGCAGAUGGUACUUAA